UGGUCCCUUCACCCGGGCUCUGCUCUUGCCUUCUCCACACUUGUUUGAUUUAUGAGGAAUCCAAGAUGAAUUUGGAGCAGGAGAGGCCGUUUGUCUGCAGCGCCCCAGGCUGCUCCCAGCGCUUCCCAACAGAGGACCAUCUGAUGAUUCAUAGGCACAAGCAUGAAAUGACUUUGAAGUUUCCCUCAAUAAAAACAGACAAUAUGUUAUCAGAUCAGACUCCGACCCCAACAAGAUUCCUGAAGAACUGCGAGGAAGUGGGGCUCUUCAAUGAGCUGGACUGCUCCCUCGAGCAUGAGUUCAGGAAGGCUCAGGAGGAGGAGAGCAGCAAGCGGAAUAUCUCGAUGCAUAACACCGUUGGUGGGGCCAUGGCGGGGCCUGGAGCUCACCAGCUUGGCAGCACCCGGAUGCCCAACCACGACACCAGCGUCGUGAUUCAGCAAGCCAUGCCAUCACCCCAGUCCAGCUCUGUCAUCACGCAGGCACCUUCCACCAACCGCCAGAUCGGGCCUGUCCCAGGCUCUCUAUCUUCUCUGCUACAUCUUCACAACAGACAGAGACAGCCCAUGCCAGCCUCCAUGCCUGGGACCCUACCCAACCCUACAAUGCCGGGAUCCUCUGCUGUCCUGAUGCCAAUGGAGAGACAAAUGUCAGUGAACUCCAACCUCCUGGGAAUGCAAGGUCCAAAUCUCAGCAACCCCUGUGCUUCUCCCCAAGUCCAGCCAAUGCAUUCAGAAGCCAAAAUGAGGUUGAAGGCUGCGCUGACUCACCACCCUGCUGCCAUGUCAAAUGGGAAUAUGAACACCAUGGGACACAUGAUGGAAAUGAUGGGCUCCCGGCAAGACCAGACGCCACAUCAUCACAUGCACUCACACCCGCAUCAGCACCAGACACUGCCAGCCCAUCACCCCUACCCACACCAGCACCAGCACCCAGCACACCAUCCUCAUCCUCAACCCCAUCACCAGCAGAACCACCCGCAUCAUCACUCCCACUCCCACCUUCAUGCACACCCAGCACAUCACCAGACCUCGCCACACCCACCCCUGCACUCCGGCAACCAAGCACAGGUUUCACCAGCGACACAACAGAUGCAGCCAACCCAGACAAUACAGCCGCCCCAGCCCACAGGGGGGCGCCGGCGCAGGGUGGUGGACGAGGAUCCCGACGAGAGGCGGCGGAAAUUUCUGGAACGGAACCGGGCGGCCGCCACCCGCUGCAGACAGAAGAGGAAGGUCUGGGUGAUGUCACUGGAAAAGAAAGCAGAAGAACUCACCCAGACAAACAUGCAACUUCAGAAUGAAGUGUCCAUGUUGAAAAAUGAGGUGGCACAGCUGAAACAGUUGUUGUUAACGCAUAAAGAUUGCCCCAUAACAGCCAUGCAGAAAGAAUCGCAAGGAUAUCUAAGUCCAGAGAGCAGCCCUCCUGCCAGUCCCGUCCCCACGUGCUCUCAGCAGCAAGUCAUCCAGCAUAACACCAUCACCACUUCCUCCGCGGUCAGCGAAGUGGUGGGAAGCUCCACCCUCAGUCAGCUCACCACUCACAGAACAGACCUGAAUCCCAUUCUCUAAAGCCUGCCGGUCAGACCUUGCCUCCAAGAAGAGCUGUCGCAUAUCCUGCGUCCUUUUGUUUAAGGGCAUUUUUAGAACUAACUCAGACCUGAAAGACUCCUCAGCCCUUCACAGACUGGCUUUCAUUUUUAUAGUUAUUAUGGAAAUGUUGUCUUUUAUACUUAGUUAUAUAAGAAAAAAAGGGAGUUAUGCAAUUAAUAAUCUAUCAGCUUGGGAAAUGCUUUGGUGCUUUUCUCCGAUUUUCUGGUACCAGUUACUUGUUUAUAAACUGAACUCUUUCUGUAUAUAGUCAUGGUUUCAUUCUUAUCAGUCCAACCCUUUGCCUGAAACGUUGAAUCCUGUUAAACCGCAGCUUUUAGCCAAAAUGAGGCUUACCUAGAUGUCCAAUAAACAGAUUGCAGGGGAACUGGGGGAGAAGUCUGAUGAUGCCAUAACUCAUGUUGAGUUUGUGCUGUGAUGUCACCAGAAUCCCAGAUAAACACAGAACCUUUUCCACAACUGUGCUUCUCUUACUAUAAAAACGUGCAAGAUCCAUUGAUGUCCAAAUAAAACCACCAAGCAUCUCAUCACCUCUCCUCCUCCUCUUGGUCCACUUCCUCAAAUGCCCAAUUUUCCUUUCCAUUUCCACUUUUACCUGGGCUCCCUGUUUACUCUUUAUUUUUACUUUCUUCUGUUUUAUUUCUCCCCCUUUAGCAUUGCAUGUAAAGAAGAAAAUAAUGUUUAAAGGAAAAAAAAGAAAGCUAAUGUGGACCUAGCCAUGGCUUCCCUUGCCUGUGACCUACAACUGGAGUUCAUUCGACUCCUACUUUUUGCAAAAUAGUAACCAGGAGAUGUUUAAUGGGCCUGAUUUAAUGUUUUUAAUAAUCAGGGCAAAUAAAAGGUGGCUUAGCCAUAGGUGAAGCACUGUUGAAUACCAGCUGUGGAGACACUAGGGAAGGGAGCUUUGUAAGCCUCAAUUGUGAAAGUCCAAAUUAUAAUGCGGGGCUAUAACAUCACACCCUCGAAUUACAACUGGUUUUAUAUGGCCUGUCUAUAAUGUUGAAAAUUCAUGUACUAUAUAAUAAUUCAGAAGGGCUCUAUUCACUACACAGAUUACAUUGUUCAGUCGUCAGCUGCUAAUAGCCUAAGAUUUAUUAUUAUUUUUUUUCUUAAGCCUAUGGAACCAGCUUUGCUGUUCUGGUGGGUGAAAGUAGACGAACUACUGGAGGAACAAAGAGAGAAAGAAAACCUAAUGUUUCCAUAGGGGUGCUUUCAGCCCUCCCACAACAGGUAAAGCGCUCUUUGGCUGCUGAAAGAAUCCCAUGGUAGGGCUACUCCACUCUUCUGAAUAAUUCUGAUUUAUAUUUUCAGCAGCUUUCGUGGACUUGCCCAUUAUAAAAAGCAGACAGUCCCCAACCACAGUUGUGCCUCCUUGAAACAAGCCAUUCUACUGUGCUAAGGUUUUAAAAUCGCAUCUCGCAAGUAACAGGGGCUAAUGUUUUUCUGUAGCAGUCUAGGCAGGUGCUGGUGUUUCAUCUCCAUUUGAAUGCUUGACCUCUGAACACGAGAGUGUGUGUGUGUGUGUGUGUGUGUGUGUGUGUGUGUGUGUGAAAGAGAGGGAUUAUGAGAUUUAAAAGAAUAGUAUUUUACAAAUGGUGUAGCUUUUAUAAGAGUUCAGAAAAGGGAAGGAUGUGUUUUUUUCUCUCACUAUAGUGUAAUAAUCUAUUUUGGAGAAGAAAAAGAAAAUAUAAGUGUCCUGAAGCAUGGUUUUUAUAACUAGUUUCAGUUUUAUCCAAUAACUUACUUUUUAAAUCAGUAUUUAUCAACAAUCUUUUCAUGUAUGCAGUGCUUUCAAA